UUAUUUAAAAGGUCAAAUGGUAUCACUUGCUGCAGUUUUAGUAGUAUUAACAUCUCCUUUUAUAUGCAGAUCCCAAAUGUCCUACCUUUUCAGAGUGAUGUCUCUCGUUUUAAUUCUUGGGACUAUGCAAGGUGCCUUUCUAUAUCGAAGAGCUCAGAACCCUGAAGUGAACAUGAACAUUAGCCAAAUUAUUUCUUAUUGGGGCUAUCCAGAUGAAGUGUAUGAUAUUGUAACUGAAGAUGGUUACAUCCUUGGCCUUUAUAGAAUUCCUUAUGGGAAGACAAACAGUGACAGUUCAGCUCAGAGGCUUGUUGUCUACUUGCAACAUGGUUUGUUUACAUCUGCCAGCAGCUGGAUCUCCAAUCUGCCCAACAACAGCCUGGGCUUCAUUCUGGCAGAUGCUGGUUACGACGUGUGGAUGGGGAACAGCAGGGGGACCACCUGGUCCAGGAAACACAAGUACCUGAAGACAAAUUCCAAAGAAUUCUGGGCCUUCAGUUUUGAUGAGAUGGCAAAAUAUGACCUCCCAGCCUCCAUCGACUUCAUCGUGAAGCACACGGGACAAGAGGAGAUAUUUUAUAUAGGCCAUUCCCAGGGCACCACUAUUGCUUUCAUAACAUUUUCCACAAUACCACAGAUAGCUGAAAGAAUCAAAAUAUUUUUUGCCUUAGCUCCAGUUUUUUCUAUCAAAUACUCAAAGAGCCCUUUAAUUAAAUUGGCAUACAAAUGGAGGUCAGUGUUAAAGGCUUUUCUUGGCAACAAAGACUUCCUACCUAAUACCUCAUUCAAAAGAUUUGUUGGCUCAAAGCUGUGUCCACUGAAGAUUAUUGGUAAGAUUUGCCGUGAAAUCUUGUUUAUGAUAUAUGGAUAUGACCAGGAGAACUUAAAUAUGAGUCGUGUGGAUGUGUAUUUGUCACAUAACCCAGCAGGGACAUCUGUUCAAAAUAUGCUACACUGGAGUCAGGUUUUUCAUUCUAGUCACUUGAGAGCUUUUGAUUGGGGCAGUCCUGUUCUGAACUUGGUUCAUUUUAAUCAGUCCACUUCUCCAUUUUACGACGUGAGGAACAUGAACGUAUUGACAGCGACUUGGAACGGGGGCAAUGACUUGUUGGCCGAUCCUCAAGAUGUGAAAAAUCUACUUUCUGAAAUUACAAACCCUAUUUACCAUAAAACUAUUUCUUUCUACAAUCAUAUAGACUUUUUGUUCGGUUUAGAUGCAUAUCAGCAAGUUUACCGUGAAAUCAUUGACAUUAUCCAAGGCAGUCUAUAAAGAACUACAGUAGCCUGUGUUGAAGGAUCCAUUUCAU